UUUCUUCUAUACUUUUUCAGGAAAGGGCACAUUUUUCUCGUAAUUUGAUUAACCACCGAAAUAUACCCUAAGGUCAAUUGCUUGCCUAAACCAGAUACAUUAAGGGGGCCUAAACAGAUAAACAAACUAAAGCGAAUUGUUUCUACAUCAUAUGCUUUUGACGUAGCCACUAGCGCGGGAGUUCUUCGUCAUUCAGAGUCCUUCUUUUUGCAGUGUUCUGAGUUUUAUGGUUCCGACCACUUCGAUUUGCAUCUAUACAACGUACCAGCAUGGCACCUAAAAUGAGAACCCGUGGAACCACAAGAACACUACAAUCCAGCAACGAUGAAGAGACAAAAACUAAUGCCCACAGUGAGGACUCUCCAUUGGAGGUUGGUCAGGCAGUCAGGGGGAAGAGGAAAGCUUCAGGUUCAGGAAAGACUGGAAAACAGGAGAGUUCAAAGGCAAAAAAAUCACCUGAACAACCACAGUAUUGUCACUGGCUGAUGAAGUCAGAGCCAGAGAGCCGCUUGGAAAAUGGCAUAGAUGUCAAGUUUGGGAUCGAGGAUUUGAAGACUCUUCCCAACCAAACUGGGUGUUGGGAUGGUGUUCGGAACUACCAAGCCCGUAACUUCAUGCGAGACAUGAAAGAGGGACAGCAUGCAUUCUUCUACCACAGCAACUGCAAGGAGCCUGGAAUAGCUGGAGUUAUGAAGAUUGUAAAGGAGUCCUAUGUGGACCACACUCAGUUUGACAAGAAAGAUGUCCAUUACGACGCCUCCAGCAAGGCAGACAACCCCAAAUGGAGUAUGGUUGAUGUCCAGUUUGAGAGGAUGUUAAAGCGCUUCAUUCCUCUGUCUGAGUUGAAGAAGAUCCACCUGCAGCACAAGACCAAAGGCGGGUCCCUGAAUGGCAUGUCUCUCUUCACCAGGGCUAGGCUGUCUGUCCAGCCCCUCACCAGUGAGGAAUUUGAAUUUGUCCUGAGUUUAGAGGACAAUGACCCACUGUGAAGAUUUUGACAAGAUGACCUGGAGAGAAGUUUUCCUGUCUUGUGUAUGAUGAUGAUGCUGCUGCUAAUAUGUUGACUGUAGGUGAGGUCUAUUGAACCAUUAUGCUUGUAUUAAAUGGAAAUUGUCUCAAGGUU